AUGGCGUCGCUUAUCAGUCUCUCGCUACUAGUAAUUCUCUUGCUCACCACCCUCUCUCCUACACCUACACUCUGCUACGACAAUCCAGCCGUUGCUAGGGUACAACAGGUUGGCACGGGCACCUCUGUCCAACGCACUUACAUUAUACUUGUUGAGUCACCGGGCACAAACGCUGACGAAGGCGAGCACCGCCGGUGGCAUGAAUCCUUCCUGCCGAGUUUGCACACCGCCUCUGGUGAUCCACGUCUACUCCACUCCUACACCGAGGUGUUCAGUGGCUUUGCCGCGAUGCUCACUGACACCGAGCUGGAGGUGGUGGCCACGAAAUCAGGGUUCGUGCGCCCCUUCCCCGACGAGACAAUGACUCUCAUGACCACGCGCACGCCAGAGUUUCUCGGCCUAAGAAAAGGCUCGGGUUUCUGGAGUGAUGCUGGCUACGGGAAGGGAGUCAUCAUCGGGUUGGUUGACACCGGCAUCGACGCGACACACCCUUCCUUCGACGACCAUGGUGUCUCGCCGCCCCCGGCGAGGUGGAAAGGCUCGUGCAAAGCGGCCCGCUGCAACAACAAACUCAUCGGUGCGAAGUCGCUUGUUGGAGGCGACUGUAGAGAUGACUUCGGUCAUGGGACACACACCUCAGCUACGGCCGCUGGGAACUUCGUUACGGGCGCAUCAGCAUACGAUGUACGCGCGGGGACAGCUGCUGGAAUUGCCCCCGGCGCGCAUAUUGCCAUGUACAAAAUGGGCGAUUCUACGGAUAUGUCCGUUGUGCUGGCUGGCCUAGACGCAGCCAUCAAGGAUGGGGUGGACGUGAUCUCACUCUCCCUUGGGAUGGAUAAGAGCUACAAGUUUGAUCUGAACCCCAUCGCCAUCGGCGCAUUCAGCGCUGUAUCCAAAGGCAUCAUCGUGGUGUGCUCAGCUGGUAACAAGGGCCCCGAGAUGGGCUCCGUUGAGAACGACGCGCCAUGGUUCCUCACGGUGGGAGCCGGCUCAGUGGACCGGAGCUUCGGUGCGGGCGUGCAUCUCGCCAACGGCAGGCACAUCGACGGAGAUGCGCUUAAUCAAGUGGGGAAAUUUGAUUCGAAACCCCAUCCUCUGCUCUACACUGACGAAGGGCGCUAUUGCGAGUACAAGGAUGACCAUACCAUCACCGGAAAAAUUGUGGUUUGCGAGAUAAAUGAUGAUAUCGACACCCAGGAGCCCAGCAUCAUCGAUAUCAUAGGGGCAGGUGCCGCCGGAGUUGUCUUAGCGAACGACAAAACGAGUGGCUACUCCACCAUUCUUCGAGGAGAGUACAACUCUAGUGUGGUGCAGGUGAGUGCAGCUGAUGGCGGUGUCCUCAAAGCUUAUGUGGAGUCCGCGAGCAGCUCCAUGGCCACUCUCACAUACAACAACACAUUGCUCGGUGUCGGUCCAGCCCCGGUGGUAGCAUGGUUCUCUUCCCGGGGUCCAAGCUCCAUCUCCCCGGGUGUGCUAAAGCCGGACAUACUGGCGCCGGGGCUAAACAUCCUCGCGGCAUGGCCAACAAAUUUAAUUAAUGCGCCCGGCCCUUUCGAGAUCCAAUCCGGCACAUCCAUGGCGUCGCCACAUGUCAGCGGUGUUGCGGCCCUUAUCAAGAGCUCACAUCCUGACUGGUCGCCGGCCGCCAUCAAGUCGGCUAUCAUGACGACGUCAGACGCCCGCGACAACACCGGUGGCCCGAUCAUGGAUGAGCAGCACCGGAGAGCUCCCGCAUAUGCCACUGGUGCAGGCCAUGUGAACCCGACACAAGCCAACGACCCUGGUCUGGUGUUCGACCUCGGCGUCGCUGAUUAUGCCGGCUACAUCUGCGAGCUCCUUGGCGACCAUGCAUUGUCAGUCAUCGUGCGCAACUCUAGCAUGACCUGCAAGAAUCUGCCCAAGAUAUCUGAGGUGCAGCUGAACUACCCGACCAUAACGGUGCCAAUGAAACCUACACCGUUCGCGGUGUCCCGGACGGUGACGAACGUCGGCCCGGCGGAGUCGGCGUACAAGGCAAAGGUAGAUGCGCCCAAAUCCCUCACGGUGCGCAUCUCCCCAGAGACACUCAUAUUUUCCAAGGUCGGAGAGAAGAAGACGUUCAGUGUGUCGGUGAGUAGCCACGGCAUGGAAGGACAUAAACGCUUUGUGGAGGCAAGCUUGAGAUGGGUGUCCGAGAAGCACAUCGUGCGUAGCCCGAUCGUCGUUGUUGCCAACCUCGGCAGGUCUCCACCAAAGCAUUGGACUGUUUAG